CCGCUUAUUUAUCUGAGUACAUAUAUUUUCCGAUGAAAUAUGUCUGAGUCACCUAAUAAGAAAAGGAAGAUUAUGGAGGUACCAAACGAUGCAAUCCGCCACGGCAAUUACCAACAGUAUUACGAGUUUCGCAGCCAGGAUAGUCGACCAGAGCAUUUAGAAAGGUGCCUUCCGAAGUGUUUGAAGAAGCUUAAAGCAACGAAUGAAAUUUAUAUGCUGGACAUCGGUUGUAACGAUGGAAAGUUAACUCACUCGAUAAGUGAAGUGAUGUUAUCUGUUCUAAAGGAGCAAAAGAAGACAUCUUUCGCUGUGGGUGUUGAUAUUGAUGCCGAACUGGUCAACAAAGCUUCCGCAGCUUAUAAAUCUGAGUAUCUUGAAUUUAUUCAAGCCGACCUUAGUGCGGUAGCCAUGAAAGGAAUCGACGAUCCAAUCCAAAAAUACAUGGCAUCGAAAGGCAUUCAGCGGUUUGAUUUUAUAAGCUGCUUCUCUGUUUUGAUGUACAUUCAUUUGAACCACGGCGAUGAUGGUUUGAAAAAAGUGCUAGACUACGUUUGCUCACGUGCAAGGAUUUUGAUUUUGGAGCUGCAAAGUUGGAAAAAGUAUCGCGAUCAUGUGCGGAGAAUGCGGCGGGCCGGUGGAGAAGACUAUGAACUUUACAAUGGCUUAGAAUGGAGAGGAAGUAACGGGGCACUGGAGCAAUCGAUUGGGGAUUAUGUGAUUUCCAAGGGAUUUAGCGUAAUUUGUACCACAGAGGAAAAGAAUGAAUUUAACAGAAACCUUGUUAUUUAUGCGAGUAAUGAAAUUAAAUGAAUUUGUAUCUGAUGCUUGUUUACCAUUCCAAAGUUCACACAGUCUUGUGUGUGUGUGUUUU